AUGGGGAGUGAACAAGAAAUCAAGGAUGAUUCCAACAUUCCAAACAAGUACAAGGAUGGAGUUUCUACAACAAGAUGGAAAAAACUGCAGCCCCAACAUCGCCUCAAGCAAUCUGCCUCGCAUCUCAUCCUGGGUCCCCGUCAUCCAGAGACUCUCCUCGGUGCCAAAUUCCUUGACACCUUCGGACCGCGCCGCCCGCCGGCGCCGCCCGCGAUUCCCAGAGCACCUCGCUGCGCUCCGACGCCCGCGGUGGAUCUGCGCCCCGGAAAGGCGCGGCGGGGCCUCGAGGCGGGCAAGCGCAGCCCGCGGCGGUCGUCCUGUCAGCGGCGGCGCGGGUGCAGGCUCUCGCCCCUAAGCGCGGCGGCGGCGGCGGCGGCGGCGGCGGCGGUGGUGGUGGCGGUGGCGGUGGCGGCGGUGGCGGCGGCGGCAGCGGCGGCGGCAGCGGCAGGCGCCUCGCUCCGCCUCGCGCGCGGCACAGCCAGGAGAAGAACUCAUUUUCUUCUGGCAGUGAGACAGACUUCAGGCAUAUCACCUUUAUCCAGUAAGACAAAAAUGGUACAACUGGACCAUACCUGUGGCACAGUGAGACUUCUGGAAAUGACAACAUCACUCAGGAUGCAGUGUUACUUCUGUCAGCAGAUUUUCUUCUUAGGUAAUAAUUGCCCUGUCAUUGUGGUAACAAGUAUGCUCUGUUCCUGCUUUGCUAGUCUUGAUAAAUAGAUUCACUGUCUCCAUAAGUCUCUAAACUCCCAAAGGAGAGCAUGUGGUGGUUGGUGUGGCCAGUAUUCAUCCCUACCAGACAGAGUCCUUGUACCAGGCUAUUAUCUAGGCCUUUGACCUUUGGAUCAGGCAUCCAGCCUUGGUCCAAUCAGCUGAGACCAGGGUGAUGGGGUCACAUGGCAGACUUGAUGCAUAAGACCUCGCCAAAAGCCUAAAACUUUCCACAAUACUUUCCAGAAAGAAUAAAACUGCAGGCAGGACUGUUCUCAUAAACACUGGAAAGCAUUUCUCCUCCUGGAUUUUGUAAUAGAUCUCCAUCCAUUUCUCCAUUUCUCACCUCUCUCCAAGUUGAGGAGCUGGACACAGUUCAAAAAAUUCCCUAUAUAGAGCACCUAAUUGUAGGAGUUACAUAUAUUAGAUUUGCUUGAAACUUAUUCUACCCACACCCCCUAUUCACAUACACAACAUAAAUAAGCUCAUACAUUCUUUUCUUUUUAAUCCCUGGCUCCCAUUUUGAGGAAGAAAUAAAUUACUUUCUACACAUAGUUGUUGUUUUUUUUUUCUGGCAUGUCAA